AUUAUUACGAACUUAAGGAAGUUAGACAGCUUCUCCUUGUGCUGUUAUGCUACUAGAGUUCUCAAGCACGUGGACUGCGAAUACCCAUUGUCGGCGCAAGACUCACUUUCAAGUUGCAAUCGCAUGAUUGAGGACUCAGGCCCUAGAAAGAUAAUUUGGUUGCUCGGUGUUCUUACUGUGCUCGGUAACCUGGCUGUAAUAGCCUGGCGUCUAAUUAGGCGCGAUGACCACCCGGUUCAGACCUGCCUUCUGACGAAUCUCGCGGUGUCCGACUUUCUCAUGGGAGUGUACCUUAUGAUUGUUGCCAUUCAAGACCAAAUAUGGGCAGGUAUGGAUUUCGGUCACCAGUGUUUCGGUGGGAGUAAUACAACUUAUUAUUUUUUUCUAUUUUACUGACAGAGCAUUUAUCAUAAGCUUGGCUAGUUUUAUAAGUAGGAGAUUUCGAAUCAAAAUGAUGAAACAGUACGUAACCCUUUUAAGGGUUUUUAAGGUCAUUUUUAAAUGACCUUAAAAAUUAAUUUGACGAGAUCACACUGAAUCGAGCCUUAUAAAUUUGAGGUCACAUUAAACUAAAGCUUGCACACAGGCCCGGUACAAGACAUAUACCUUCCAAUAGCCUGUUCCAGGCGAGUGGAGGCACGCGCAAAUAUGAGCUCAUGAUCUGGAAAAACGGGGCGGUCGCAGUUUGUUCCCUUUUUUUUUUUCGUGUUCGCAUUCCCAAUUUCGCGGGCCCGACUAUCACGGCGCUUCGAACACUCAGGCUAAACUUCGACCAGUUGUCAAUUUAAUUAAACUGUUAUUAGAAUUUUGAAAUCAAUCCUGUGACGUCAUUUUCCCGCAAAAAACCGUUAAAAUCAAAAAAGUAAAACCAACAAAACAUGCGCAAUAAAAAGUUGUACCAUCCUGCAAAGUUUCAGAUCAAACGGAUAAAAAUUGUAAGAUAAUUCUUUCCUGGUCAUUUUUGAUGUUUUUUUUUUCAAGAGUGCAAAGUGCAAGUGUUGUUAUCGAUUUCAGACUCUAAACAUGUACACUCGUAAAUUUUUCUUUAAAUUGACCCCAGCCUUAGCUACUAUAAUACAUAUCGUGACUUACCAUUGAAUUAUUUUAAAUAAUAGUGUGACUUGGAAGACAUUUUUCGGGUAGAGCAUAUAUUAGAGUGCACAGACAAGUGAGUGUUAUAAUAAUACUGAAACAGUGCUUCAUUUCCAGGUGCUUACUUUAACUUCGACCUCACUUGGCGAUCAGGAACACUUUGUAAACUUGCUGGUGCUUUAUCAGUGCUGUCAAGCGAAGUAGACAAGUGAGUGUUAUAAUAAUACUGAAACAGUGCUUCAUUUCCAGGUGCUUACUUUAACUUCGACCUCACUUGGCGAUCAGGAACACUUUGUAAACUUGCUGGUGCUUUAUCAGUGCUGUCAAGCGAAGUUUCGGUACUAAUGCUGACUGUUAUAACCGCUGGCAGAUUGAUCAGCAUCGUCUUUACAUUCAGCUGUCGCCGACUGACGCUAGAGGGAACUUACAUUAUUUGCGUAGCCGUCUGGGUCAUCGGAACCAUCAUUGCCGUCGUUCCAACAAAUGAUCUCCCAUAUUUUUACAACGAGGACAGACAAUAUGGAUUUUACGGUAUAUUCGCUUUUCAAAUGAAACUCCGCCCUCUUAAUUUAAUUUCUCCAUACUGUCUGGCUCUUUUAAUCUAAUGGAUUAAAACGUCGUGAUCAGUCUACUGAAGGAUAGUGAUGUCGAGCAAAGUUUCGGUUAUUUUUUUGGAGAAUCUUAGUAAAAUGCUUUACAGAAGAUUGUCGUGGCAACAGAAUAUUGAGCUCUGUGACUUUUUGGGUGAACUGUCAUCGCCAUCUUCAUCAUCAUUAUUAUCAUCAUUAUCAUCGUCAUCAUCAUCAUCAUCAUCAUCAUCAUCAUCAGGGUUAUUUAGUUCUUGUUUUUCCUCUCUACUUAUCUUGAUUAGUCUGUCACAUUAUCUGAUAUUAAGGACCAACUAAAAUACUCAAUUCGUUUUUUUUUUAAGGGCGUUCUUCAGUUUGUCUCCCUCUCCAACUGUCCUCAGAAAGGCUGGCCGGCUGGGAGUAUUCAGUUGCCAUAUUUAUCGCUUUGAAUCUCACAGCUUUCAUUUUCAUCAUGACAGCCUACAUAGCCAUUAUCUUUAAGGUGUUUAAGUCACAGCAGAGAGUCAAUGCACAUGGAGAAUCAAAAACCAAAAACAGCCUCAACAGAGAGUCGGCCCUCGCUCGGAGAGUGUUCGCUAUCAUGUUAACUGACUUCAGUUGCUGGAUUCCUGUCAUAAUUUUGAGUAUUCUUGCCCUCGUUGGGAAGUUCAAUGAUCCAGACGGAACGGCUUACGUUUGGUUUGCUGCGUUUGUCCUGCCGGUUAAUUCAUCAGUUAAUCCAGUGCUCUACACGUUUUCUACACCGAAGGUGAGAGCGCAAGUGGGGAAACCAAUGAAGGCGUAA